AGCUAGUGACGGAGGUUGUCUCGUUUCCGGCCACGACGAGAGAAGGGGGGAAGGAGGAACUCCCCUCGUCCCGAGAAUCCCUUUUGUGUGUCGCAGAAGUCGCUAUUGUCCCCCUAGAAGAUUAUAGAAGAUUAACCCGUCACUCAAAAUUCGUACAAAAGCAGCCGCUUCGGUGGCUGGAACGACUAGGCCAUCCUCUCGACGUCAGCCUCGCCGUAGCUUUGCUCGUCUUGAGACUACCUACGUCACGAUUGCUUUGGAUGUCACGUGCUCUAAGCUGGGCCUUCUCCGAGCGCUUGCCAGAGUGGGCCGUUCAUAACGAAAAAUACAGCCACCAGGAUCAAAAUACAAACGUGCGAUUGUCAUUUACGGAUAUUGUGGAUCAUAUUCAAUCUAUUUUUGAACACGACGGGAAUAUUUCAAAUUUCGUUGAAGUAUCCCUUUAAAAUUGCGAAAUUAGAGUGUCCCUGAGACCUGCGAGCACUGCGAGUGCCCAGAAGCGCGAUCAGCAGCGGCAUCAAUCUCGGCAUGGUCGUCGGGCAUCGGGCAUGGCGUUUGUUGAUUGUUGAAGGCACACUCCCUCACUGCAAGAAUGUCUUUAAAUAGAUCUAGGCACGUUUUAUUGGCACUCAGAAGGGCAUGUGGACGACAGAGGAACUUUUGUUCGUACGUGGUUGCCGGCCAAAGCAAGCUCACAAACGAAGAGGUGAGGAAAAAGCGUACCCAACUCUUCAGCAAGGAGAAGGAGCGCCAGUCUGCCUUGAUCACUAGGGUGGAAAAGAUUGAAGUGAAAUAUACCGGGCCGCUGGAACAAUGCACCCUCGUGAUGAAUAAGAACCUGUCGACGCCUCACGACUGUGCCAGACACAUCCACGAAAGCCUUGUGCAAAGAGCAGUCAUUGCAGAAGUUGAUGGACGUUCCUGGGACAUGUGUCGACCCCUGACCCAGGACUGUGAACUCACUUUCCAGUUCUACAGGGACAGAUAUCCCUACUUCGUCAACAAGGCCUUUUGGAGGACAGGCAGCUUCCUCUUGGGCUAUAUUGUAGAGCAUGCUUUCAAGGACAACUUCUAUGUGCAGCUGCACAGUUGGCCUCAGCCUCAAGUUCGCUCCGGGAGCUUUGUGUAUAACAUAGACCUCAACAUUGAGAACUGGCAACCCCGGGAGGACGAACUUCACGUGCUGUCUGGGAUGGGGAGAAGACUGACGGCAGGAGGUCACCGUUUCGAGAGACUGGAAGUUGACGCAUCCCUGGCGCUCAAGAUAUUUGAGGACAACAAGUACAAAGUGGAGCAGAUACCACGGAUCGCAUCCAUGUCAGCCACUGGUAACUCCGUGACGCUCUACCGGUUGCUCGACCACGUGGACAUUAGUAGUGGACCUAUGAUAGGGUCAUUGGACCAGAUUUGGCGUUUCAAGGUGGUUGCAGUACACCCGAUCGAAACUUCUUUGGGGGUCAUGUACCGGUUCCAGGGCCUGGCAAUCCCGAACGAGUUCACUAUGAGUGAAUUCGCUUUCAACGUGUGCUGCGAUCGUGCACGAAAGAUGAACUUCACUGGGCUCCCAAGAAAGCACACUGCAACGGAUGGGGAUGUUCCAGAUGGCAUUGACAGCGACGACACACAAGUAUCUCACGACAUCAUUUUCGAGAAGCCCUCACCUCCUACAGCAUUUCCGUCAGGCUAGGUGCUGGGUUCGUUUAGCCCUAUUUCAGUUCAUGGAGAGCUUUGUUUUGUUGAUCGUCCGAUGUGUUUACAGCUCCAAGGUACCUAGGCUUUGAGCAUUUCUGAAAAUGACGUGAUUGCCCUCGUCCUAAUUUGCUGUACUGGAGGUUGCUAGCUGCUUCAUCAACAUCACCAAUAUUGUAAGCAUAUUAUGGCAGUAAAGUACAGCCGUAUCUAUAGCAUCUUAUAGUGUGGAGCAACGUUUUCGUGAUAAAAAGAUGUUGCAGAAAAAAAUAUACGCCUACAGUCUUCAUUUUGUAGCAUUCUUUAUUUGCCACGGCGGUGGAUUUCUUAGCGGUUGCAUGCCAAGUCAGUAGAAUUUGGCAGUUUUUUUGUUUAGUAGUACUAUAUUUGGCAGUCUCAUUUGGGAGCAUUACUGUGAAAUGCAGUGCGUACUGUUAACAUAAAAAUUUCCUAAAAAAUG